CCAGUUGCAAUUUGUCACAGUCGAAACCAUCAUGCUGAAGCUCAGCCUGGUGGCCUGGCUCAUAUUUUCGCUAGCCUGGCGGACCACGCCCACCGCCUGCCGCCAGACCAACGCGCCCCAGAGCGUCCAGGAAAUGCUGGCCGAGCUGCUGCAGAGCUACAUGGACACGAAGGCGCGUCCCUGCGAGAACUUCUACCAGUACGCCUGCGGCAACUGGCAGAUCCAGCAGCAGGAACAGCAGGAGCAGCAGGAGCAGCACUCCCUGCGCGACAGGGAUUGGACCAGGGAUCGGCAGCGGUACCAGGGCCAGCUGCUGCCUACCGAUACCCUGGGACUGAUAGACCACUCCGUGAACCGGAAGCUGGAGCUGCUGCUGCGGCGAAGGAACGAGAGCUCCUCCGAGUGGGACUCCUCUGGGACUAUUCUGGAGCAGAUGCGACUCUACUACCGUUCGUGCAAGCGCCUUAAGCCAUACAACCUGAAGAAGUACCUGCAGCUCCUGCCGCCCAGCAACUCCACACAGUGGCCCUCGGUGGGUCGGGGCUGGCGUCCGGAGCGGUUCGACUGGAUAACGACCCUGGGGCGACUGCGUCUGCACGGACUGAACGGAGUGCUGGUGAGGGAGGAGGUCCUGCCCCGAUGGGAUGACUCGCGCAACUACAGCAUCUAUGUGAACAAGCCGAGUCGCCAGGAGACGCAGCCCACGGGAGAAGGAGCCAUGAUCGAACUGCUUCUGGACAUCGGGCAGACCAAGCGCACGGCCAACGCCUUGGCGCGCCAGGUGGACGACUUCGAGCGGAAACUGCACCGCCUGCAGGAGCUGGAGGACGACGAGGGACCGCGCGAAAUGCAGCUGGGCUACUUGGACUCGUACCUGCCUCAGCUACGGUGGCUGUCCUUUAUGCGCCAGGUGCGCAUCGACUCCGAGCUGGACCUGCGCUCCACAUUGAUCAUCGAGAAUAUUCCGUACCUCAGGGCCCUCAGCGACCUGGUGGAAUCGGAGAGCCCGGACACCGUCUGCAGCUACAUCAUGCUCAAGUGGUUGGCCUUCCUCAAGCAACAGGGUCCCGCGGACAUCUCACGGGGUGAGUGCGUGGCCGCCCUCAGGAGGUCCAUGCCGCUGGCCAGUAGCUGGUUGGUGGGCCAGCAGUUCUCCGACCCGGAAUCCGAAGCCUACGUCCGCUCACUGUUCCAGCGCUUGAAGGUGCGAUUUGGCCAGAUCUUGGCUGAGAACCGCAUGAGACUAUCGCCGCCUCUGGUGCACAUCCUGCAGCAGAAGCUUCGGGCAGCGCAUCUGCAGAUGGGCUUCUUGCAGCCGGACGCAGUGGAGGACGUCGAGCAGUACUACGUCCGCGUCGACCUGAGCGGGCACUCCUUCUAUGGCAACCAGCUGGUCCUGCUGCGCCAACGAGUAGAGGCGAACCACGAUCUGCUCUACAUGAACGCGACAAGCUUCCCAAACUCCACGGGCAGCAACUUGAGCUACCUGUCAGAGAGCUGGGAGGCCAGCAACUCGUCGCCCCUGUAUGUGAGACCCCGCAAUCUGGUCCUGGUGCCGCACGGUCUGCUCCAGCUGCCCAUCUGGCACCGAAACAUCAGCGCCCUGCAGCAGCACGCCGUUAUGGGAUUCGUCCUGGCCCACGAACUGGCGCACGGAUUCGACAUGUCGGGAAUGGACUACGACGCCCUGGGCAAUAUCAUGGGGCCUGUGGAGGAGAUCGGCGCUAGCCGUCAGUUCCGCCAGGGGCUGCAGUGUCUGCAGCAGCAGAUGGCCACCGGCUCCAAGUGGAUCGACGAAAAGCUGGCCGACUUUGUGGCCCUGCGGCUGGCGUAUGAGACCUUCUUCGGGGUGCGGGACAAGCGGGAGCCGCGGGAUCCGCUGAUGCCGCAAUUCAGCCAGCGGCAGCUGUUCUUCAUCAGCUUCGCCCAGUUCUUCUGCGGCCGGACGCCCGUGCUCAGUCCGCGGUCCCAGUCGGAGGCACAUUUGAAGCACGCCGCGGAUGAGUUGCGUGUGAUGCAGACGCUGGCCAACUUUGAGGAGUUCUCUAGGGAGUUCGGGUGCGAUAAGAAGGCCAAGAUGCAGGCCAGCCAGCGGUGCCGCAUCUGGUAAUGGUUCUCUUUGUAUCUCUCUCUUUCUCAGGACAUCGCAGCAUCCAGUUAUGAACAAAUAAAGUCUCACCUAACCAAGUGGGUUUUGAAUUUCGA